UGCAAAUCUCACGGGCUUUAUCGCUGAGAUCUAGUCUGUUUCGCGCCAUCUGAACGUGGAAGGGGGAACCAGGAGAUUAGAGGGUGGCCAAAUACUUCCCACCUCGACGUUAACAGUCGGCGUCACUGUCACCAACAUGGCAAUUGCGAUGUUGAUGGAAAGAGCUGUGAUGCACUUCCACAGCUACAAGCGUGGGUUCAAUGUCACAAGAUAGUGCUAAUACGCCAGUGGAAUGAAGUAAACUAGCGAAAUGGCCACUGUCCGGAAUGUCGACGAUCUGCGUUCUUUUCUAUUCUCUUCCACAUCUCUCAAAGGUCUGCAGGACGGGUUGGAGAUAAACGAGAAUUGGACAGCAUCAUCUAUUGUGGAAUGGCUGCAAGAGGAGAUACAGUCUUCAACAGACGGAUUGUACAGAAAACGUUGCACAAAGUGCCUAAAUACGAUCGUGAAGAAGUACCACAUCUUCCCUUCCUCGUUCUUCUGUGACAAUGUCAGAAGGGAUGGAGAUUAUCCGCUGGGGGGUGGUGGAUUUGCUGACGUAUAUAAAGGUGUUGUAGACAACCGUACGGUCUGUUUGAAGGUCCUUCGAGUUCAUACGCAGCCUGACGAAAAAAAAAGGAAGAAAAUGGUGGAGGACUUUUGUCAGGAAGCACUGAUAUGGACUCAGCUUAGCCAUCCAAAUGUCCUUCAGUUACUCGGCGUAAACACCACAUUGUUCAAAACCGACUUUUGUCUCGUAUCGCCGUGGAUGGUUAAUAACGAUAUCGUCACUUUCUUGGAGAGGAAGCCUGAUCAUGACAGACUGCGAUCGAUACGAGACAUAGCAGCCGGUUUAGAAUAUCUUCAUUCACGGUCUCCGAUGAUUGUCCAUGGCGAUAUAAGAGGGGCUAACAUUCUCGUCGAUGAGGACUGCAACUGUCGGUUGGCGGAUUUUGGUCUAUCAAGGGAAGCACAUGGGACAACGAUGGUCGAAACCUCUACGGGGGGCAUGAAAGGUUCUCUGCGAUGGAUGGCGCCAGAAAUGUUCCAACCAUCGAGUACGAGAGAUUCAAAUGAAGACCGGUCUCCUAGAGAUAUAUAUGCCUACGCAUGUACGAUCGUUGAGAUCAUGACAGGAAGGCCACCGUUUCCAGACCUCCUCGACGUCGCUGUUAUUACACAAGUACUGCUCAAUCGUGCAAGACCGGAACGGCCGACUGGAGUAUGGUGUCCUGAUAAUGUCUGGGAGUUGAUUGAGAGAUGCUGGGACCAAGAGUGGCUGAAACGACCAACAGCGACUUACAUAUGUCGUCGCCUGACAGAUUUGACGGAGACGGAUAUAUCUCUUGGUGCUGAUUCGUCUUCGGCCCUUGCUUCUUACCUUGAGACACCCAUCCAGAUUAUGCUACCUGUUUUAGAGCAGACGAGUGAUGGAGCUGUGGUUACUUCGAGUCUCCAACAUGGGCAGUCCACUCAUGAUGACCCUUCUCCCGACGGCUAUACGGAUGGCAAUUUUGCUCAAAAUAACACUCAUUCUAAACCGGAGUCAAGGGUAAGAAGCAAAUCCCUCACUUCUUACUUGACUAAGCUAGUUCCCAACACCACCACAUCGUCCUCACCUCCCCGGAACAAUAACGCCUCACGUUUGGAGCAAUCUUCUGUACCUAAGAUUGCCCUCGUAACUCCAAGUCCAGACAGGAGACCAGGCCUCAGGUCAGGAGCGAAAUCCAUUCAUAACUACUUCACGAAUCUCGUACCGGCAUCAAGGAAGCGAUAUUCCACGCCUCUUGCGAUCGCUAGGUCUUUUGAUGACCCUUUCGAAGUUUACCUCAAACCUCCGCCCGAUGAAACUCCAAAACAAGCUGCUGAACGUGUUGCGCGAGAAGUUGAAGCCAAGAGGGUGAGCGAUGCGAUCGAUGCAGAGAUCAAGAAAGAGUGGAAACGAGAACGCGAAGAGCGGAAAGGGGUGAAAGGGCUGCUGUUGGUAGGACAGGGUGGUAGCGGUAAAACCACGGUUUUGAAAAACUUGGUGGCGCGCUACGAGUAUGCUACUUGGGAUAGGGAGAGGAGUAUCUGGUACACGGUUAUACAACUCAACAUCAUGAGUCUGUUGCUCGACAUCGUUGAGCUGAUCUAUACAGACCUUCAACUACAAUCAAAGGAGGACUAUGAUGAACAUUGUUUAACGACGUCCGGUUUCACCUCUCAUCAUGGCCUUCUGAUAGAUCCUCUGAAGCCCCUUCGCCAACUGAUCACAGUCCCUGCGCUUCAGCGCGCUCUCGAGGAACAUGUCAGAUCAAACCAUUGGUACAGCGGACUCGGAUUGUCGCCUCCUGUAUCCCAUCCAGCACCCCGUGAUGUUUUUGUGGAAUGUUCCACCGUCAAAAACGCAUUCAACGUUGUUGUUGCGAACAAAGACAGCGUCAAAGCUUUGUGGGCAGAUGAAAGCGUCCAGAUUGCUCUCAAACGUCGAACUAUUCGGUAUCUUGGUUCUACAGAAUUUUAUUUCGAGCAUUUAGAUCGUGUCACAUCGUCCGAUUAUUACCCAACGGACGAGGAUAUCGCCUACGCAUAUCUACCGACUAGUGGAUAUGAGGACAUCAAAAUUACGAUAAGCAGCGAAUCUGUUCUCCGGAUAGCCAAUAUUGGAGGGAGUCGAGGGCAGCGUUCCAUCUUGGCCCAGGUCUUAACGGAAGGGGAAUACAGCACGAUCAUUUUCCUCUGCCCAAUAUCCGCUUUCGAUGAGGUCCUGGAAGAAGAUCACGCCGUUAAUCGUUUGGAGGACUCGAUUCUCUUGUGGCGCGCAAUUUGCUCUAAUAAUUUGGUGUCGGCCGGGCAAUUUAUUCUUUUCCUGAAUAAACACGAUUUGCUGGAGCAAAAAUUGAAAUCAGGUGUUUCUAUCAAGAAACACAUACCGUCCUACGGAGAUCGUCCUAACGAAAGUUCAAUAUUCGUUAAUUAUGUUUCUCGACAUAUGCGGUCAAUUUACAAAGACGUCAGCCCACUGGAACGCAAUCGCACUCUUCGUGUGUUCACUACAACAGCCACAGACAUCGAAGCUCUUAAACGGACAUUGAAAGAUACGAUGCCAAUUUAGAACAGUUCACUCAGGGUUGAC